UCCUGGUCCUGUCCUCAACCUCAGCCAUGUCCUCGACCUGGGUCCCAUCCUCGACCCCACUCCCGGUCCCAUCUUUGACCUGGAUUCCAUCUUCAGCCUCAGCCAUGUCCUCAGCCGGGGUCCCAUCCUCGGCCUCGUCCCCGUCCUUGACCUGGGUUCUGUCCUUGACCUCCAUCCUGGUCCCGUCUUUGACCCUGACCCUGUCCUUGACCUGGGUCCCAUCCUUGACCCUGUCCUUGACCUGGGUCCCAUCCUCAACCUCAUCCCUGUCCCUGACCUGGGUCCCAUCCUUGACCUCCAUCCUGGCCCCAUCCUCAACCUCAUCUCUGUCCUUGACCUGGGUCCCAUCCUUGACCUCCAUUCUGGUCCCAUCCUUGACCCCAUCCCUGUCCUUGACCUGGGUCCCAUCCUCAACCUCAUCCCUGUCCUUGAUCUGGGUCCCGUCCUUGACCCUGUCCUUGACCUGGGUCCAUCCUUGACCUCCAUCCUGGUCUCCAAGCAGGAGGAAUUCUUCAACCUCUCCCACUGCCAACUGGUGACCCUCAUCAGCCGGGACGAGCUGAACGUGCGCUGCGAGUCGGAGGUCUUCCACGCCUGCAUCAACUGGGUCAAACACGACUGCCCCAACCGCCGCCUCUACGUGCAGGCGCUGCUGCGCGCCGUCCGCUGCCAUUCCCUCACCCCCCACUUCCUCCAGAUGCAGCUCCAAAAAUGCGAAAUCCUCCGUUCCGACUCCCGUUCCAAGGAUUACCUUGCCCAAAUCUUCCAGGAUUUGACCCUCCACAAACCCACCCGGGACCUCCCUUCCCGCGCCCCCAAAGUGGGGCAGCUCAUCUACCCCGCCGGCGGUUAUUACCGCCAAUCCUUGAGUUUUUUGGAAGCUUACAACCCCCGCGACGGUUCUUGGAUCCGUUUGGCCGACCUCCAACUGCCCCGCAGCGGUUUGGGGGGUUGCGUGGUGGGGGGGCUUUUUUACGCCGUUGGGGGUCGUAACAAUUCCCCCGAGGGCAACACGGACUCGGCCGCCAUCGAUUGCUACAACCCCAUGACCAACCGGUGGUCCCCCUGCGCCCCCAUGAGCGUCCCCCGCAACCGCAUCGGGGUGGGGGUCAUCGACGGUCUGAUUUACGCCGUG